AUGGCUUCUAAAGUAAUUAAAUCAGCACGAGAACGAGCUCUGCGUUACGUAAAAAGUGCAAGCCGCUUACAAAAGCAAGAUCUUCGAGAUAAUCCUGGUGCGAGGACUCAGGGUCGUCAAGUAAUGUCUUCCUUACAUAAUCAAGCAGGGCAUACCAUUGGCGAACUGCAACAUGCCGCAAAACCUCCACUUGGAUGGAUUUGGGGCAACUUUUAUCUUCCGUGGCAACGUCUGUUUCCUGGAGAGGAACAUUUCAACGGUGAUAUCAACUUACGACGUGAAUACCCGCCUUUGUCGCUGAUUGAAUUGCAACGACUUAUCGAUUUGGGUUGGUUAGAUACAUCAAGCCUGAUUGAUAUCACUGCUCUGUGCAAUACUCAAAGAUACCAGUGCAAACCUUCAUUAAGGCAGUUUGGUGUCCAGCUCACAGAUCAAGGUGCUGAUUGUUUUGUUAGUGCAAUAAAUUUGGAGGUACAGUGGGCAUCAGAAACAGCGAUUGCUGCUGUAGAAAGAGCUGGUGGUAGAAUCCGAGUCGCAUAUUAUGAUGCAGCAGCUUUGGAAGCGGCUGUUGAUCCUGAGAAAUGGUUCCUAUCAGGGAAGCCUGUUCCACGACGAAAAGCUCCACCACAAAAUUUGUUAUCAUAUUACACGGACGCGCGACGUCGUGGAUACCUGGCAGAUGCGAGUGAUCUAGACAAGGCCGAAGAAGAUUUGGCUCAAAUUAUGGGGUACGAAAGAAAACCUGCUCAAGAUAGUUGGGAGGAAAAAAGACCUGAUCAGCUUUUUCUUGGUAUACCAUCUGGUUCAAUUCUAAGCUUGAAGGAUAGAAAAUGUUUCGCGCCAUUACAUCCUGUUCUUCGCAAAUAUUAUGGUCUUGACGAUGAUACGGGAGAAAAUUUCGUUGCGGAUCAUUCGUAUGCUACUACUUUUUCACGUAACACUAUGCGCAAUAGUGAUUUCAAAUAUUCUUGA